CCGCGCGGUUUCGAGCGCGCGCUCUUCGCCGAGUGCGGCUUCGGCGCGGAUCAGCACGGGCAGGACGCGACGAAGGCGGCCGUGCGCGCGUGUCGGAACGCCAUCGAAUUCAACAGCGUGCCGUCGGUGCGAGCGGUGGUGCCGGGGGGGUACGCGAAGAUGAAGAUCCACGUGCAGCUGGGCGUGCCGGAGAACGCGAAGGUGGACGCGGGACGCGUGCGCGAGGUGUUUCCGUACGGAGAGGUGGUGGACGUGCAGAUAGACACCGGUGGGUUGCGCGCGAGGAGUUGGAUUUCGAUUCCGGCGCAGGGGGACGCGAACGAUGAUUUUUUGAUUUGCGUGGCGUGCGUCACGGUGGGGUAUUAA